ACCUACAGAGUUCCUUAUCACCUUCUCGGCGGAAGUGACGCAUGACGCACUGACGUGGCCGGAAACUCGCCAUCUUGAGGGAGAAAAAAACGCCUUGAAGUUGAAGAGGAAACUUGAACGUGGAGUCAAAAGGGCAUCUGUCGAACAUGGGGAACAUAUUUGCAAACCUCUUUAAAGCCUUCAGUAAGAAAGAGAUGAGGAUUCUUAUGGUGGGUCUCGAUGCUGCUGGAAAGACCACAAUUCUGUACAAGAUGAAGCUGGGGGAGAUUGUUACUACCAUCCCAACAAUCGGUUUCAAUGUUGAAACUGUGGAGUACAAGAAUAUAAGUUUCACAGUUUGGGACGUCGGUGGUCAAGAUAAGAUUCGACCGUUGUGGCGCCAUUAUUUUCAGAACACACAAGGUCUGAUCUUUGUGGUUGACAGUAACGACAGAGAGCGUGUGAAUGAAGCGCGAGAGGAGCUGAUGAGGAUGUUAGCUGAGGAUGAGCUCAGGGAAGCAGUUCUGCUUGUGUUUGCCAACAAACAGGAUCUACCGAACGCCAUGAACGCUGCAGAAAUCACAGACAAGCUGGGGCUGCAUUCGCUCCGGCACAGGAACUGGUACAUCCAGGCCACAUGUGCCACAAGCGGCGACGGCCUUUAUGAAGGACUCGACUGGUUGUCCAGUCAACUGAAGAACCAGAAAUAAUGACCUCACUGAACUGAUCUGAUCUUCCUUCGUUCCAUAUUUUCAACACUUGCUUUACUCAGCUCAUUUCAAACCCCAUUAACACAGAAAAUAUCUCCCUACAGCGUGAAGAACGUUGUCAAAGUGUUGCUCUCGUUUUAAUGUAAAUAGUUUUUGUUGAGAGGCAGCUUUUUGGCACCUUUAUCCAAAAUAGAUUUAGUCUUUCGUUGUCUUUUUUUCUCGUUCUUACUGUUUGAGUCAUUGGAGAGAGUUUUAAGUCCUGUAAACUCUCUCAUUUGAAUCUUGCACAUGUAUUAUUUUAUUGUGCUUUUAAUAGAUGUACUGUAAACAAAGCUGUUAUGUUUUGUGUUGAACGGAGUACUUGAAAUCAAACAUUACAGACACUACCUGCGCAUAUAACGGUUCAAUUUCGAGGAAAGGAAACCAAAAACGAUUACACUGUAAUCUCAGCAAAGGCUGAAGUGACCUGUAGCUUUACUGUCUUCAUGCUUUAGGAGCCAUAGAGUUGUGAAGACAGAACACAUAUAUUUCUGUUAUGAGAUUCCUAAAACACAACAGAUGUUUCGUAGUGAGUUUGUGGGGGAAAUGUUGUUGUGGAUGAGGUUAAUCAAGGUUUGUAGUAGGGUAGAGUUAAACAUUCAGGCACGUAACAGAAAUAAGAUU